AUGUACGGCGCGGCCAUCGCCGCGGACCCGAACAACCACGCGCUCUACAGCAACCGCGCGCGCUGCCGCCUCCAGCUCUGCGGCGCCUGCGCGCCGGCGGCCGACGUCGCCGCGGGCCUCGCCGACGGCGAGCGCUGCGUCGCCCUCGCGCCGGGCUUCGCGCGCGGCUACCGGCGGUUGGGCGCGUUCCAGCGCCUCGCGGCCGUCGCGGCCCUGCGGGGCGCGCGGUCCGCGGCGGACUUCGACGCCGCGGACGCGGACCGCGACGACGACGCCGACGGCGGCGUCGACGUCGCCUACGUCCGCGCCGCGCGGCGGUCGCCGGCGACGGCCGCGGCCGUCGAGCGCCAUCGCCGCGCGCUCGAGCGGACCUGCCGCGCCGGGUCACGACGCGCCGGCGUCCUCCACGGCCGUUUGCUCGCGCUGGACCGGGGCUGCGCGGAGCUGCGGGACUGGCUCCAGGAGCUCCGCGACGCGGACGGCUUCGCCGUCGACGCGUCGCUGGCGCCGGACGACGCGGCCCUCGCCGACGACGCGGCCAAGGCGGCGCACAAGGCCAGGGGCGCCGAGCUCUUCGCCGCGGCCAAGUGGGCCAAGGCCGCGGCCGCGUUCACCAGGGCGCUCGCCGCGGACGCGACGGACGGCGUGCUCUACAGCAACCGGUCCGCGUGCCACGCGAAGCUCGACGCCUUCGCCGCGGCGCUCCGCGACGCCGACGCCUGCGUCGCCCUGAAACCGACCUGGGCCAAGGCCGCGAGCCGCCGCGGCGCCGCGCUCUUCGGCCUCGGCCGCUACGAGGCCGCCGCGGCCGCGUGCCGCGCGGGCCUCGCGGCGACGGACGGCGCGACGCCGGCGACGGCCGCGGCCCUCGAGGAGCUCCUGGAGAAGUGCGCCGUCGAGACGCGCGAGCCGCCCGCGGUCCGGCGCCACAUGCACCGGCUCCGCCGCGAGCAGCGCGACCGCAAGAAGCUCAACCUCGGCGGCUCCGGCGGGGGCCUCUGGGUCGCCGACGAGCGCGGCGGCAUGAGGAAAGCCGACCUCGGCUCCCUCUGCGCCACCAGCGGCGUCGGCACGCUCGGCGGCCUCGACGCGGCUACAGCGACGCGCGCGAAGAACAUGUACAGCAACAAGCUUAUCCUCGUCGCCCUCGCCGCCACCGUCACGGUGUCGGAGUCGGCGUGCACCAACGACAAGAAGUGGAUGAUCAACAACAAGCGUUCCAAGAAUUGCGACUGGGUCGCCAAGAAGCCGAGCUCUCGCUGCCAGAAGAAGGGCAAGAACGGCAAGGGCAACAAAGUCGAGGCGAACGUGGCCUGCCAAGAGUCCUGCGGCACCUGCGACACGUGCGCCCCCGAUUCCUGGUCCAAGCAGUGCGUCACGGCCGGCAUGUGCGCGAACGAGUUCGACCUCCACGAGCCCGCGCCCACGUUCUUCGAGCGCGUCGCGACGUUCCCGGUGUGCUCGCAGAUCGACGGCGCGUGCGACGACGAGACGGAGACGUCCGCGGAGAUCGUCGACGUCCACGUCAAGGCCUGCGUGGCGUCGUGGUCGAGCGCGAUCGACGGCGCCGCCUGCGCGGCCGGCGUCGACGCGUGCCCCGCGGCGCCGUGCGACGGCGACGCGCUCGGAUCGUGGUGCUGCGCGGACGCGGACUGCUCCGGGGACUGGUUCUACUGCAACCCCAAGGCCGGCGGCCAGCUCACGGCGGUCUACACGGACUCGCCGCGCGGCGUCAUCGGCUGGGUCGACCUCAACGACCCGCGCGACCCGAAGCCGCUCGGCACGUUCGCGACGCCCGGCGAGCCGACGUCCGUCGCCGUCGUCGGCGACGCGGCCGUCGUCGCCGUGUCGACGGGCGAGGACUACGUCGCCACGUCCGGCGCGCUCCUCGGCGUGCCCAUCCGCGCGACCCGCGGCUCCGCGGACGACGCCGUCGCCGGCGUCGUCUCGCUCCCGCUCGGCGGCCAGCCCGACGCCGUCGCCGCGGGCGCCUUCGCCGGCGACACGGCCUACAUCGCCGUCGCCAUCGAGAACGAGCGCGACGAGGACCUCGGCGACGGCAACCCGCCCCAGUUCCCCGCGGGCCACGUCGAGAUCUUCACCGCGAAGACCGCGAACUCGGAGCUCGGCGUCCGCCUCUCGAAGCACGCGGACGUCGCGAUGACGGGCCUCGCCGGCUGCGACUUCCCCGAGGACCCCGAGCCCGAGUUCGUGUCCGUCUCGCCCGGGAACAAGGCCGUGGUCACGAUGCAGGAGAACAACUGCGUCGCCGUCGUCGACCUGCCGACGGGCGCCGUCGACUUCUCCGCGUCCGCGGGCGCGCGCGACCUCACGGACGUCGACGUCGCGGAGGAGGGCGUCAUCGACCAGACCGCGUCGCUCGCGGCCGUCACCGCCGAGCCCGACGGCGUCGUCUGGAUCAAGGGCGGCGCCUACUUCGCGACGGCGAACGAGGGCGACAUGGCGGGCGGCAGCCGGUCCUGGUCCGUCUUCGACGGCGCGACGGGCGCGCUCGUCUACGACUCGGGCAACUUCCUCGAGCACCUCGCGGCCUCGCUCGGCCACUACCCCGAGCACCGCUCGGAGAACAAGGGCGUCGAGCCCGAGAACAUCGCGUACGGCGAAUUCCCCGACGGCGCCGGCGGCACGCGCGACUUCGUCUUCGUCAACCUCGAGCGGUCCUCGCUCGUCGUCGUCUACGACGUCACGGCCUUCCCGACCAUCACCUACGUCCAGACGCUCCCGGCGGCCAUGGGCCCCGAGGGCACCGUCGCCGUGCCGGCCGCCGGCAUCGUCGUCACCGCGUCCGAGGAGGACGCGCGCGACGACAAGUUCCGCGGCGCGCUCAACGUCUACGAGCUCGGCACCGGCGGCGCGCCGUCGUUCCCGACGCUCGUCUCCCAGCUCCCGGCGGACGGCUCCGCGCCCAUCCCCUUCGCCGCGCUCUCGUCGCUCACCGCGGAGGCCGGCGACCUCGUCCUCGCCGUCGAGGACUCGGCCUACGGCAAGAGCCGCGUCUUCGAGAUCGACGUCGGCGUCGCCCCCGCCGUCGUCGUCGGCGGUGCGCGCAUCCUGGACUCGAAGGACGUGCUCCGGUCCUGGUCCCACUUCACGAACUUCACGACGACCGUCGACGGCGCGGUCGCCGACGGCGAGUUCGACGCCGCGGACCUCGCGGCCCUCGUCAACGACGACAAGACGGUGAACAUCGACCCCGAGGGCGUCGCCGUGGGCAUCCUCGGCGGCGCCGUCAAGUACGUCGUGGCCCACGAGGGCUACGGCACCGUCGGCGACGCGGGCCGCCCCGUGCGGUCGCUCAACUUCCUCUUCGUCCUCGGCCUCUCCGGGCCCGACUACGUCAUCGACGAGGUCAUCGCGCUCCCGGACGCCCAGAACGCGCGGCAGCUCCGCUUCGGCUUCGAGGGCGUCGCCGUCCUCGACAACAAGAUCGUCGUCGCGUUCCAGCGCGCCUGGGGCGCCGACGAGUUCCCGCAGAUGGGCGUCUACGACUACGCCGUCGGCGGCGACGCCGGCUGGUCCUUCGUCUUCUACCCCGUCGACGAGCCGUCGUCCCAGUACGGCGGCUGGGUCGGCGUCGGCGACAUCGAGGCCGCGCCGGUCCAGACCGGCGGCGCCGUCGGCGACAUCUACGUCCUCGACCGCGACAACCAGGGCGGCAUGGACGCGGCCGUCAAGCGCGUCUACAAGGCCAACGUCUUCCACUACGACGCGGACCGCGUCCUCUACAAGCACCUCGUCGCCGACCUCCUCGUGCCCAUCGCCGCGACGGCCGGCUACGUGCCCGAGAAGGUCGAGGGCAUCGCGGUCCUCGCCGACGGCCGCCGCUUCUUCAACAGCGACAACGACGGCGUCGACGACCACAGCGGCGAUAGACUCGCUCGCGCACCAAUCAUGAACGCGGGCAUCGUGCUGAUCAUCGCGGCGUCGACGCUCGCUCGCGCGGCGGGGGCCCAGCCCGUGUCGUGCGCGGAUCCCGAGGACGGCUCCGUCGCUUCGAGGUUCGUCAGAAACACGUGCACGGCGAACGCGUUCGACAUGGCCGUCCACACCAUCCCCGACCUCGUGUCGUCGGACAUGGCGAAGCAGGGAUGCUGGGAGAGGCACAUCGUCACGCGCAUCGUGAGCUACCUGAACACGCGCGACCGCGGCCUCUUCCUCGACGUCGGCGCGAACGUCGGCGCGUUCACCGCCACCGUCGCCGCCAACGACAACGACGUCAUCGCCGUCGAGCCGUUCAGGCUCAACGUGCCGCUCAUCCGCCGGACGAUGUGCGGACCCGCGCGCCUCGACGACCGCGUCUCGCUCUACAAGAUGGGGCUCGCGGACUCGUUCCCGGGCCCGAAGAUGUGCAUCUGGAGCACGAACGACGAGAUCAACCGGGGCAACGCGCGCAUGACGCCCUACUUCGAGGGCCGGCGCGACUUCGGCCAGGACAAGCAGAAGGCGUGCAUGGAGGUCGUCUACACGGACACGCUGGACCACCUCCUCUUCGACACGCACGGCCUCGCGCGCCGCGUCGACGUCAUGAAGAUCGACAUCGAGGGCUUCGAGACGCGCGCGCUCCGCGGCGCGGCGCGCCUGCUCGCGAGCGACUUCAAGCCCUGCCAGAUCUACUUCGAGUACCAGCACGACGCGACGGUCGAGAGCGGCGUCGACCGACACGAGCUCUUCGAGCGGCUGACGCGAGCGGGCUACAAGCUCAACGACUUCAUGAAGAACGAGGAGGUCGGGUCCUUCACGCCCGAGCAGUGGGACGGCAUGCGCGGCGGCGACCUGAGAGCCGUGCUCGACGACGCCUCGUGCGGCUGGUCCUCGCGCGGGCCGCCGCCGCCGCCGCCGCCGCCUCGCGUCGUCGGCCGCGAGCCGCCGCCCGGCUGCGGUCCGGAGGCGGCCGCCGAGUGCUCAAUCUGCUCCGCGGGGUCGCCCGGCGACGGCGGCGUCUCCCUCGUCGACGGCGUCUGCCAGGAGUUCUGCUCGGCGAACGGGUAUUGCGGCGUGACCGAGAACUACGAGUCCGGGGGGACGGACUGCACGAAAUGCGCGCCGCGCGUCGGCCGCGAGCCGCCGCCGCCGCCAGCCCGCGUCCGCGAGCGGGCGCCGCCGCCGCCGCAACCUGCCCUCGUCGUCGUCCGCGAGAGGACGAAGCGCAUCGAAGCGCUCAAGGCCGAGCUCGCGGCCCUCAAGACGAGCGACGCGCGGGAGCCUCGUCGCGGCGCCCGCGACGGAUUCGACCGCGUCCCCGCGUUCGACGUCGACGGCGACGGCGACGUGGACGUGAAGGACAGGACGCUGGAGGUCAUGGGCGUCGUCCUCGUCCUCGGCCUUGCCACCCAGCGUUGGUGGUCGGUCGUCGCCCUCCUCGCCGUCGCGGGGAGCGACGACGCGCCCGUCGCCUGCGGUUGCGGCCUCGACGGCGACUGGCCCGAGGCGCCGUCGAAGGCGCCGCCCGACUGGCUGCGCGUGCCGCGGCAGUCGUCGGCCUGGGCCGUGACCAUGGUCCUCGCCCUGCCGGCGUGCCGCGGCGCGCCCGCGCGAAGCCUGCGCGAGGCGUCGGCCUGCGGCCCGCGCGACGCCUGCGUCUUCGACGCGCUCAAGCGGUCGGGCGACAGGUGCGCGUACGCGGCGAAGCGGCUCCUCGCGAGGUCGUCGCAACCGCCGCCGCGCGACCGCGACCCGGCCGCGUACGCGGCCGUCGUCGCCGCGCCGGCGGGCGGGGCCGCGGCGGCGGCCCUCGCCGGCGCGUCCAUGGACGCGCGGCGGCAGAAGCUCUACCGGAAGCGGCUCGACGCCGGCGGCGCGGCGACGGGCUGCGCGACGCGCGUGCUCAACGGCCACCGCUGCGACCGCCACGUCGACGUCGGCGACGCCGACGCGGCGGGCGCCGUGGCGCGCGUCGGCGCGCUCGGCUUCGUCGGCGUCGCCGACGACUGGGCGACGUCCGUGUGCCUCUUCCACCGCGUCUACGAAUUGCCGAGGCCGCGGCGCGCGCAGCUCGCGGAGCCGCCGCCGCCGGGCAACGCGACGGACGACUGGGCCGACUGGGCCGUCUACGCGGCCGCGCGGCGCCGCUUCGCCGAGCUGCUGGACGCGGCGGGCGCGUCGCCGGCCUGCGCGGCCGCGGCGCGCGCGAAGGCGGCGGCGGCGGCGGCCGCCGCGGCCGCGGCGCGCGCGGCGCGCGACGCCGCGGCGGUUGCGGCGGCGCCGGCCGCGCGUCCGGUGCCGCGGCGGGCCCCGUACGCGCCCUUCGCCCCGUCGAAGCGCUGGGCCUUCCUCGCGCGCGACGCGGCGCCCUGGGCGGCGCGCGGCGUGACCCGCGGGGACGUCGACGCCGCGUUCGCGGCGCCCGCGGACCCCCUGCGCCGCGCCGCGCGCGCGACGAUCGCCGGCGGCCGCCUCUUCGCGACCCUGCCGGCGGACGGCGCCCUGGCCAUGGCCUACUCGCGCGCGGAGUGGAACCGGCUGCCCGUGUUUUUGGGCGCGUUCCUCGAAAUCGCGCGCCGGUUUCCGGCGCUCCCCCCGGUCGACUUCCUCUUCCUGCUCAUGGACGUGCCCGGCGUCCUCGACGCGUCGACGUCGCCGCCCGUCUUCGCCGAGGCGCGGCUGCGGCGCGCGCCGCCGGACCGGCGCCACUGGCUGCUGCCGUCGUUCGACACGUUCCGCCUCGAGGGCGGCGACGUCGGCGACGCGGCGCCGCCGGCGGCGCGCGAGCGGUCCGGCGCGUUCUGGCGCGGCACGGUCCACGCGUUCACGGGCUACUCCGUGGAGGAGAUGGUCGCGCGGCGCGCCUACGUCCACAACCUCGCGAGCCGCCUCGACGGCCGGGGGAACGUCGUCGACGCGCUGGCCGAGCCCGUCGCGGCGUCGCUCCAGUUCUCCGGCGGCGAGGGCAACGCGCGCCGCUGGGCCGUCACGACGGCCUGCGACGCGGGCGACGACCGCCUCGACGUCGCCGCGGCCGAGGUCGCCGUCGAGGUCGAGGCCCGCGGCGCGACGGACAGAGCCGUCUCCGGCGACCCGGCGGCCGCCGCGGCGCGCGCCGUCGCGGCCGCGGACGGGCCCACGGGCAUCACGCUGCGGAACUACGGCUUCGCGGACCACGGGGACGUCUGCGCCAAGGAGGCGUUUCUUUAUCUGGACGGCAUCUCGACGUCGAACGGCCUCAAGUACUACGGCGCCUGCGGCGGCCCCGUGAUCCUCGACGCAGACGCGGCGUACGAGGAUUUAAUUACGGCGGCCUGGCCGGCCCACGCGGCUGCGGCCCACGACCCCGGCGCGACGCUGCGCGACAAAGUCGACUACGUCGGCGCCGACGGCGCCGGCGCGGCGGCCUUCUGCGCGUCCGUCGCCCGCGCCGUGGCCUGGCUCCGGGCCCACGCGGCGGACGCGAAAGCGAUGGGCGCGCGGACGCGCGGCGCCAUGCUCGCCGUCGGCUCCGCGCGCGCGGCGCUCGAGUACCUCCGCGAGGCCCUUUUGGCCUACGCGGCGCUCGGCGGGCACGGCGCGGCGCCGCCCGCGGGCGCCUUCGAGGCGGAUCUCGCGACCGGCGACGCGGCGGUGUGGAAAUCAAGCACUGGCGACGCGGCGGUGCGCAACGCGUACGCGGAGCUCCAGGUGCUCCUCCUCGAGGACCGCGACGCGGACGCGACGGAGCUCCGGCGCCUCUUCUCGCCGGCGGCGGCCGCCGACGGCCUCUACCCGCGGAGCGGCGCCUGCGCGGCCUUUCCGCGCCCCGCGGCCGCGGCCGGCGCGCGCGCGCCCGUCGUCGUCGCGGGCCAGGGCGGCUCGGGCAGCCGGUCCGUCGUCGAGCUGCUCCGGGCCUGCGGCGUCGAGAUGAACGGCGUCGACGGCGGCGAGGACGACGCGUCGAGCGCGGACCGGCGCCUUCGAGCGCGAGCGUGCUCCGACGGUGCGAAGACCCACGACGCCUUGGCGAUGCGGCUCGCGGGCUUCAACGACGUCGACGACCGAGGCGUCCGGGGGCCCGGCCGGUCCGCGGGGCUCCUGCCCGUCCUCGGCGCCGCGGCGACCGAGGGCCUGCUCUACGACCUCGCGGCGCUGCCGCGGGCCGCGCGGCGCGGCGAGCUCGCGUCGCUCUGCGCCUUUUCGCUGAACGCGAGCGCGCUCGCGGCGGUCGCGGCGGGCGCGCCCUGGGGCUGGAAGGAGCCGCGGGCCCUCUUCCACCUGCCGGCCUUUGGGCUCGCGUUCCCGGCCUUCCGCUUCCUCCACGUGGCCCGCGACGUGCGGAGCCUCGCGUCCGCGCACGUCGAGGGCGACGUCGCGGUCAUGCGCGCGUGGUGGCGCGAAACGUACGCGGCCGUCGUCGACGCGCGGCGCGCGGCGAUAUCGCGCGCGGCGCCUGGCGGAUCCGCGCCCCCCAUGGCCUGCGACCGCCUCUACCACGACGCGCUGCUCUGGCGCGCCGUCUUCGCCGAAUUUUGGGCCGAGGAGCAGCUCGCGCUCGUCAAGGCCGGCGCGGCGCUCGGGCCGGACCGGUACGCGGUCGCGCGCGUCGAGGACCUCGUCGCGGACCCCGGCGCGGCCCGGGUGUUGCUGGACUGGGUCCACGGCGGCGCCUACGGCGGCGACGCGGCGGCGGCGGCGGCGAAGAUCUACGCGGGCCGCGGCGGCGCCUACGGCGGCGCGGCGCGCGCGUGCGACCUCCUCGUCGCCGCGGCGUUCCAGAACCCCAAGGACGUGCGCGCGGGGCCCCUCGCCUUCCCGAAGAAGUGCGCGCUCCUCGACUUCCUCGACGACGCCGGCGGCCUGCCCCGGCGGCGCUGGGGCCUCGGCGUCGAGGGCAGCGGCUUCCACAGCCGCGACGUCCGCGGCGCGGCGCCGCGGCGCGCGCGCGUCGGCGCGCGGCUCCGCGUGCUCGCCGCCGUCAAGGGCCGGUGCUGGGCGCGCGCCGACGCCGCGGACGCCGCCGUCGUGGCCAGCGCGACGGUGCGCGCCGCGCUCGACGCGCUCGGCUACGCGGCGGCCGUCGCGAAGCGGCCGCGCUCCUACUCCGACGACGCGCCGGCGCCGCGGACGGCGGCCCAGGACGUCUACGCCGCGCUCCGGCCCUGCGCGGACCUCGACUGCGGCGGGGGGGACUCGCCGACCUGGGCCGCGGGCGGCAGGACCUGCGCGUGGGUCGCGGAGAACCCGACGCGCGCGCGCUGCAAGGUCGCCGGCGACGACGGCGCGGCCGCGCGGGACGCCUGCCGGGAGGCCUGCUGCCGCCCGGCGAAGCCGGGGAAGGGCUAGCGCGCGCAUCGCGGGCAGCAUUGGAUCUCUUCGGUUUUCUGGUCCAUAUCAUAAGCGAGGUCGAGGCG